AUGAUUAUUGAGCGACCAGUUGAACCAGAUGCAGUCACAGCGAUGGAGAACGCUCUCAACGCGUCUAAGUUGCAAGAGCCGUCAGUGGCAAUGGCACCCGAUGUGAAGGAUAUUCUUCGCCGAUACACUGAGAAACUGCAACAAGGGCAUGGACAAAUGCCUGCUCGAAGAGCCUUAUCCGACCCCAACAAACCAGCAGAAGUCAGACAAGACGCUCAGCGCGUGAAUAUUGACGCUGGCGGCGGCAGGUCACAUAUCUCCUUGAUUAUCGGGAGUGAUACGAGUCAAGAGCAAGCAUUACAAGUAAGU